GCUUUUGCGCCGAAAUUACCGGUGUAAAGUUUUGCAAAUUUGCCAUUUACUUAAUAUAGUGACCUAAAUUUCAUAACAUACGGCAUUACACAGAUUAAAAUGCAGCGAGAUAUAAGAUCAUUUUAUAAAAGCGCAGCUCCGCAAAAGAAAGUUGAACCGUUGAAUGACGAAGAUGAUUUACAGAGUAAAAAACGCAAGAAGCGCACUGCUCGAGUUAUAUCAAGUGACGAAGAUGAAAUACCAGAAAGUCCCAUAGCUAAGGGGAAAACUCCGGCAAAGAAAAAGCGAAUAGAAAAGUCACCUGAUGCUACUAAAACACAGAACAAUAAGAAACCGUCAUUGUCCAAGCUGAAAAGUUCGCCUUCAAAGAAGCUUAAACCAGUCGAUCCUACUGCACUUUUUGGCGGUGAAACCUUACGUAUAGAGGCAAAGAAACCACCUCCACCAAAAGUAGUAGUUUUAAAGGAAUUUGAAGAUGAUGAAAUCGAUAAGAGCCUUAUGGAAGUAGACGUAGAUCAGAGUAUACAUGCAGAAAAUGAUAAAUUAGGUGAAAAGCGAGAAGUGCGACGUUCAAAGUCAAAAACGCCACGAAAGAGCCCUCAUAAGGAUAAACAAACACCAACUAAGUUGGAAAAAUCAAUAGAUACACCCACACCAAAGUUAGUGAAACAAGAAAAAGAACAUUCUCUUGCUGAUAAAGGAGAAAAAGAGAAGAUAUUAAAAAAGGAAAAAAGCACGCCCAAGGUUAAAAAACAGCAUCGUGAAGAUUUGGAAAGCAGUGUGCUCUCGGACGAAGAACGCCAUGAAAGAAAACGCAUGUCAGCCAUACUCUAUCAAAAGUAUAAAAAUAGGGCUAGUGUUAUUAAUCCUGGAUCUAAAGAAGUUCCUAAGGGCAAACCAAAUUGCUUAGCUGGUCUAACCUUUUUAGUAACCGGAGUAUUGGAAUCACUUGAGCGCGACGAGGCCGCAUCAAUAAUUAAGGAGUUGGGUGGUAAAGUGAUGACAACAGUGGGUAAAAGGUUGAACUAUUUAAUUGUUGGAGAGGAAGCGGGGCCCAAAAAAUUAGUACAGGCCGAAGAAUUCGGUGUAAAUGUCAUCAGUGAGGAUGGACUAUUAGAUCUUAUACGCGAAAAAUCGGGAGACCUAUCAAAGCAAUCUGUCAAAGAAGAGAAACAAGCCGGGCAAGAUGUAGAAAAAACAAAGCACACCAGUCCUAAGAAGGAAAAGAAAACAGUAAAAGAAGAAAAGGAAACUAAACAACAUCUUGAAAAAGCAAAACACGAAAGUUCUAAGGAAGAGAAGAAGAAGAGUGAUGAAAAAGUUAAAGUUCAUUCUUCAAACAAAGAAGUUAAAGGGAUUGUAGUAAAAACGGAGAAAAUCGAAGCUGAUGUAGUGAAUAUUGCUGAAAGUGAAAACAAUGUCGAAACGAGAAAAGAAAUUGAUGAUACAAUGCUUCCCUGGGUCGACAAAUAUAAGCCGACGAGUGUCAAGGAAAUCGUAGGGCAAUUCGGACCAACAAGUAAUGUCUCGAAACUAACAAAUUGGCUUUCCAAGUGGUACAUCAACCAUGAUGGCAAAAAGAAACUACAAAAGCCAAAUCCUUGGGCUAAAAACGAUGAUGGUAGCUUUUACAAAGCGGCAUUGCUAUCAGGACCGCCGGGUAUUGGUAAGACCACCACAGCUACGCUAGUUUGUAAAGAAUUGGGUUUCGACACAGUAGAGUUCAAUGCAUCGGAUACUCGUAGCAAGCGACUUCUUAAGGAGGAAGUAGCCGAGCUUUUGUCCAAUAAAUCACUUUAUGGAUAUUUUCAUGGACAAGGCAAAUCGGUCACAAAGAAGCACGUACUUUUAAUGGAUGAAGUUGAUGGAAUGGCUGGUAAUGAAGAUCGCGGUGGCAUACAAGAGUUAAUUGCUCUAAUCAAAGAAUCUUCAGUGCCAAUUAUAUGCAUGUGUAAUGAUCGUAAUCAUCAGAAAAUGCGCUCACUCGUCAACUAUUGCUACGAUUUGCGUUUCAAUAAACCACGUACGCAACAAAUCAAGGGACGUAUUUUAAGCAUUUGCUGUAAAGAAGGAUUUAAAAUCGACAGCGAUAAGGUGGAUGAAAUAAUUGAAGCGACUAACAAUGAUAUACGUCAGUCGAUAAAUCACAUUUCGCUGUUAAGUGCUGGCAAAUACCUAAAGCUGCCGACUAGCGCUAAAGGAACGAAUAAAACUGCAGAGAAAGACUUGAAAAUGGGUCCUUGGGAGGUGGUGCGUAAAGUAUUCUCUGCUGAUGAACACAAACAUAUGACAUUGAAUGACAAAUGUGACUUGUUCUUUCAAGACUACAGUAUGGGACCACUAUUCGUACAACAAAAUUACUUACAAGUUUCGCCCACUGGUUCCAAAUCGGAUAUUCCAUCUAAGGUAGCCAGCACAGCAGAUGCGCUAAGUUUGGGUGAUUUAGUGGACAAACGCAUACGUUCCAACUCCGCUUGGUCCUUACUGCCAACACAGGCCAUCUUCAGUUCCGUACUGCCAGGAGAGUACAUGAGUGGACACUUUACAGGGCAAAUAAAUUUUCCAGGCUGGCUAGGCAAAUAUUCACGUUCGAACAAACGUAGUCGUCUAGCGCAAGAGAUUCAUGAUCACACACGUUUGCGAACAUCUGCUUCACGUCAGUCCAUACGUCUGGACUAUGCACCUUUUCUGCUGGCGAAAAUCGUGCGUCCACUGAAAGAGUUGGGAAUGGAAGGAGUAGAACAGUCACUAGAAAUACUAAAAGAAUAUCAUCUGCUGCGUGAAGAUAUUGACUCGCUAGUCGAACUAACGACUUGGCCAGGCAAAAAGAGUUUAUUGGAUGAUGUGGAUGGUCGUGUGAAAGCUGCCUUGACGCGCGCUUACAAUAAAGAAGUACUUGCGUAUUCCUAUUCAGUGCAUGCAGGUGUAAAAAAGAAGAAAUCUGAAGCAACCGUCGAAACCGAGAUGUAUGGCAUGGAAGGGGAAGAUGGUGGAGAUGCACCAGUAUCAGAUGAGGAGGAGGACAAAAUAGAGAAUGAUGGUUUGAUUAAGGCAAAAAAGAGUACAGCCACAACAUCGUCGAAAGCUAAGGCUGGAUCCAAGGCUAAAGCUGCCGGAAGCAGUGCGGCCAGUAAGAAGUCUACAGGCAAAGCUUCAACUUCCAAGGCCAAGAAAUAAUCGGCAUGAAUUUUUACGAUUAAUUUAGUUUACUUUGCGUUGUUAACUAUGAAUAAUACUAUAUUUCCAUUA